AUGGACUUUAGCUUUUUUGUUGAGAAGCUCCAAUUAGAGAUUGUCUGCUAUGGAACAAAAACGCAAGCUUCCACGCGGAAUAUGCAACAAAACAUUCAAUUUUCGGGCAGCACAAGGCGGCCUACUGGUAAUGAACGGAAUUUUUGUGUAUUGCGAAGGACGGUGUCAUUGGCAUACAGCUCUAAAUUCGCAACUCUCUGGUGCUAA